UGCUUAUGUUGGCCAAUCGUAUUUACUUUAUAACCGGUGUUUCCGGUUUUUGACAUUGACAGCAGUUUUUUAGGUUAAUGAUAUUUUGGUUAAUUCAUUUAUUUGUUUUGUAUGUUCUAAAUGUGUAAAAGUUGUUGUAAUAAUGUGUGGAAUCAUUUGUGAAAUAUGUUAUUCAAGUUCGGUAACGCCUAAGGUUUACAAUGAUAGCACCAUUCUGCAGCGCAUUAAGAAUAGAGGUCCAGACUGUGUCAAUACCACGGAAAUAAAUGCUGGUGGAGGUAAAAGGCUAUAUUUUUGUGGUGCAGUGCUGUGGAUGCAGGGUCAAGAGUUAACACCACAGCCUGUUGAAAAUGAUGUUGGAAUUCUGCUUUAUAAUGGAGAUAUUUUCGACGAAUCGUGGAAUGAAAUUAUCUCUGAUACGAUGACUAUAAUGAACAAUCUUUCUUCAAAAACAGAAAUUUCUGCUAGAGAACAUAUUGUUGCCCAGUUAAAGCUACUCAAAGGGCCCUUUAGUAUUUUUUACUAUGAUAAAAUUACGGAGGAACUAUAUUUUACUCGUGAUCGGAUUGGAAGGAACAGUCUACUGUUCCAUAAAAUGGAUAAUAAUUGUAUAGCGAUUAGUAGUGUCUUGGAUAGAAGAUACAACUGUAUAGAGAUUCCUGCAACACAUAUUUACUGUCUAAAUAUUAAAACUAAUAAGGUAACAUUGUACUCAUGGACCAGUAAUGAAACAGAGAUUUAUCUAGUUGAAGAUUUAUAUGAAUCUCUCCUGCGUCAACAAAAUAAACCUGAUGAAGAUUUUAAAAUUGCUUUGGAAACUCCAAGCGAGGUCUGGCUUGAGGAUGAUCUGAUAGAGUUUCUUAGAGCUGCAUCCAAAAUCAAAGAUGGGCAUAUGAAAACAAUGGAGACAUGCCUGAGCCAUCCAACUAUUAAAAAAACUGUUGAAAAACUGACAGAACUUCUACAAAAUAGUGUAAAAAUCAGAUUGAAAAGGCAACCUAAUAAGUGUAAAAACUGUCUUAUUUCUACAGAUAACUCUUGUUCUCAUUCUACAAUUGGUGUCCUGUUUUCAGGAGGUUUAGACUGUACUAUUCUUGCAUAUCUGGCUCAUAGAUAUAUAUCUGAAGAGCAAAGCAUUGAUCUAAUAAAUGUUGCCUUCAAAAAAGAUUCCUCAGCAUCAUAUGAUGUACCUGACAGAUUGACUGGGAGACAGUCUUUUGAAGAAUUAAAGACUAUAUGUCCAUCAAGAAAAUGGAAUUUUAUAGAAGUUAAUGUUCCCAGAGAAGAACUAGAGGAGUAUCAAUUAAGAACAAUUGCUGAUCUGGUAUUUCCAAGGAAAACUAUUUUAGAUGAAAGCCUCGGAUCAGCUUUGUGGUUUGCCUCUCGUGGACAAGUUGAUGAUAAGACUUCACCUUGCAGGGUGUUGUUAUUAGGUUCAGGUGCUGAUGAAUUAUUUGGGGGAUAUAAAAGGCACUAUAAUGCAUUUAAGAGACAUUCCUGGCCAGGGCUGAGUGAGGAACUUUUAUUAGACUGGAAGAGGAUAUCUUUUAGAAACUUGGCUCGAGACAACAGAGUGAUAUGUGACCACGGGAGACAGCCCAGAAUGCCAUACUUGGAUGAGAAUUUCACAGAUUAUGUCUUGAAUUUAAAACCCUGGCUGAAGUGUUUCCCUAAUGAUGAUUUCGGUCCUGGUAUUGGAGACAAACUUAUGUUGCGCCUUGUUGCCUUUAAUUUAGGUUUAAGAAAUGUUGUCAUCCUCCCUAAAAGGGCUCUACAAUUUGGAUCAAGAAUAGCCAACAAAAAAGAAAAAGGCAGUGAUCUGUCAAGUAGAUUCUUGAACACUUGAAAUAAAAUUACUGCUUUUGUA